AUGAGAGGAGACGCCAACUCCACGCAGAUCCAAGUGCUCGAUGGUCCUGCACUGAGGGUGCUGUCGACCGAGCUCAACUCGAGCAAAUAUGCUAUCGACGCACACAACCGAUCCAUCGGAGAAAUCAGUAAUUUGUCUGAGCUGCCGAAGUUGUGCUCGCUGGACGUGUCGUUUAACAAAAUCACGUCGCUACGAAACGUCAGCUCCGCCAGAGAGCUACGCGAGCUCAAAAUCUACAAUAACAAACUUACGAACACGAUCGGCUUGAAAGCCAACUCGAAUCUGGAAGAUCUUCAGAUGAACGACAACCAAAUCGAGGAGAUCUCUACGGAUUUUUUAGCGCUGAAUAAACUGAAAAACCUUUGGCUAAACGGCAACAGAAUCACCGCUGUUCGCAACCUUCGAGGAUGCAGACUGUUAGUGUACCUGGACUUAGGUCGCAAUAAGCUACACGGUGCAGCGUCAGAGGGUCUUGAUGCAUUGAGCAACUUGGAGGUUUUGAACCUUGGUGGGAACCAACUGACAUCUGUGGGCAAUCUCUCCCAUCUCACGAAGCUAGAAGAGCUAAACCUGUCGGAAAACAAUUUGACAACUCUGCAAGGUGUAAUGCCUCCCAAUCUAGCGAUACUUCGUGUAAACGGGAAUCAGAUACCCAACUUUCAAGGCUUGCUCACACCACUGGAGAAGCUAAACGAGCUUUACGCUCAUGACAAUAGCAUCGCAGACAUACAGCUGCUCCCUUCACGAUGCCCUCAGCUUGAAUCAAUCGACCUACGAAACAAUAAUCUCGAAUUAAGCUCCCAGAUCACGAUUCUGGCAAAGUGUGAGACACUGCGAGAUAUCUGGUUGCAUGGGAAUCCAUGCUGCUACUCGAACAGCUACCUCAUCGACGUAAUGAAUGCACUGCCCGAGCUAAAAACUCUCGAUACGUUCACUGACGCGCAGUUGCAAGCCUCUCGCGACAAACUGAAGCAAGGCACCGUCUCACAGGGUGAGCUGCUUAGUUCGUCUAGAGUCUCAACGCCCUCAUAUCGGCCUGGGUCCGCAGCCUCUCGGCCGGGUAGUGCUCGUGUACGGACUCCAAGUGCAAGACUGGCGACACCUGAUACUGUCCCUGUUUUCCACACACCUUCCUCUCGAAUAGGCAAUCUCACGAAACUAGCAAGCACAGAAGAACUUGCCAGAGCUCAGGAUGAAGUGCGCGGUCGGCUGCAAAAAAUGAAGCAAAUGUUGAAUCGUGUCGGAAGCCACGGCGCAGCUGACCAGUUGCAACCUACCAAACGGCGCACGCCGGCUCCUUUAGACUCGAUCGCAAGAAUCCCAAAAAUUGCUCAGCGCGCUAGAACAGUGAAGUCGCUACUGAUUCGAAGGUCAUGCGUUGAUGCGGCUUGUGAGAUAGAGACGCAGACUUCAUUGCCGCCAGCUCCAGUUCUGUCUGUAUCGAAAUCGAAAUCAAUUUGUGGACUAGAACCGAAUACCACGACAACAAUGGAAGAGCAGCACGAUUUGAAUAAUGAAGGAAGCAUGUCGUUGGAAGGAGAUACCAAAACAACACGUAAAGGUGAAACGCCACGGGAACCCCAGCAGGACAGUGACGCGAUCGAGACUGAAAUGAAACAGUUUCUUAUGCAACACGUGAUGGCAAACUCAGACGAUAAUCAAAACAAAGCUGAAGAGAAACCGGAAGAAGACUUCAAUUCUGCCAAAUUUUGGUCCGAUUCACCUCGACUGGACACCAUUAAGACAGCCGAGUUGCGUAAGCCCCCGAUUUCACUCGCGAGGACAGGCUAUCGCUCUUUUCGACUGCCGUCGCGACCAAGUAGCUCCAAGAACAGUUAA